AUGUCCACAUGCCGUGAUAUUUCAGCUAAUUUGAAUGCAUCAUUGGAACAAUUACAUGUUAAAUUCAACACUCAACUAUUGUUGAUUGAAAGUGAAUGUGAUAAUUUAGCCGCAAAUUAUUCGCGUGAAUUGGCAAAUUAUAUUAUUUAUGUUAUUGAUGUAGCAGGCGGUGAUAAGAUACCGCGUAAAGGAGGACCAGAUAUUACUCAAUCAGAUUUAUUGAUUAUUAAUAAAACUGACUUAGCAGAGAUAGUUGGUGCUGACCUGUCAAUAAUGGAGAGAGACGCACGUAAAAAGAGGGAAAGCGGACCAACCGUAUUCACCCAAGUUAAAAAUGGUGUUGGUAUACUUGAAGUUGUUGAGUUAACUCUUAGUGCUUGGAAAUCAUCUGGCAGGGCCGAUGAUUAG